AAUGGUUCUUGCAUGAAUUAUAUACUUACAAAUAGCGUUACAUGUGAAUAAAAAGAACAAAGUACAUUCAUCAUAUUAAAAGAUCAAAAUACAUUGAUCUAUUAUAUUGUGUACAUAUAUUACUCAUUAGACAUAAUUUGGCCUUCACUGUGGACAUACUAAUAGACAUUGCGACAAUAGAAUUGACCGUGUUAAUUAAUAAAAAGCUAUAGCAUGAAAUAUGCUUCUUUUUUAAUGGUUAUAAACAUAUAUGCUCGGUUUAUGGAGUAUAAAUUAUUGGUACGAUGGAUCGGUCGAGAGCUAGCACAUAUGUCGACAUGUUUAGUCAAAUGUCGCGGUCUUGCGUCCGGUGACGGCGUACGGUGGAGUGUACGGCGGCCCCGGCGGCGCUGGCGUUGGUGGCAUGGGCGUCGGCGGCGCGGGCGUUGGUGGCGCUGGCGUGGGAGGCUUGGGUGUGGGCGGCUUAGGUGUGGGCGCGGGCGUGGGCGUGGGUGGCGCGGGCGUGGGCGGCUUGGGCGUGGGAGGUUUCGGCGUGGGUGGCUUGGGCGAAGGCGGCUUGGGCGCCGGUGGCGAGGGCGUGGGCGGCGACGGCGCGAGCCCGCAGCGGAUCAUACAGACGACGCUCCUCUGGUCGCAGCCGAUGAUGCAGAGCGGCAGGUCGGCGCCCUGCUUUCCCAUACACCCGAACGAGCAGCUGAACACCUGCGUGAAACAGCCCAGCAGGCACUGGAUGAUGCCAUUCAGCUGCUCCGUGGACGCCGACGCCGGCAUCGUCAGAAGCGCCACCGCGUUGCUGUCACCGCUGUUAGUGGCAACAGUAGCACUCGCCACGGUGGUGGCAGCGGACGCGACGUCGACGAUGCCGACCAGCACGACAAAGAGAAGCACGAGGAAGGAGCCGCCGCUGGCGCGAGUACUGCCGGUCAUCGUCGCGGCCAUGGUCGUGUGAGCGAGCUUGACUGAUGCUG